AUGAAGGAGUUUCCUUCGUGUUUCGGUGAGAGUGGUGUGCAGAUUGCUAGUAAUAAUCCUUUAUAUGCAUCAAGUUCAAGCUCAACCAAACCAUCUCCUCAUGAAAACCUCGUCACGUGUAUCUAUCAUUACACUUCUCAACGCUUUUUGGGCUUCAUCACGAUCACAUGGAUCAAGCAUCUAAUGGCAUAUGGACUAAGCAUCUGCAUUAUAGAGAGCAGCUCGGCAAACGAGCCGCCUCUCUGCAAAAUCGACAUCAAACCAUGGCUUUUUUCCAAGAAAAAAGGCGCUCGGAAUUUGACGGUCAACUCCACAAGAGUCAACAUCCAUUGGGAUUUAUCCUCCGCCAAGUUCGGUUCAUCAAGCCCCGAGCCACUCGAAGGAUACUAUCUAAAAAUCGCCUUGAAUCAAGAACUCUGUGUUCUUUUAGGAGACUCCUGCGAAAAGACUGAAGUUCCCCCAACCAUCCCGAAGGCGAAUUUCGUCGCGAAAAGGGAACACGUUUUCGGGAAGAGGCUAUACUCUACUUCAAAGGCUCAAAUUUGCGAAAAUGGGAAGAUGCACGAUAUACGGGUCGAAUACGAUCCGAGUGAAGAUUCCGGAAAGUGUUUAGUGAUCUACGUGGAUAGAAAGGCGGUCUUGAAGGUGAGUCGACUCGUGUGGAAAUUUAGGGGGAAUCAGAGUAUUUUUGUCGAUGGGAUUUCGGUCGAAGUUUAUUGGGAUGUUUAUAAUUGGCUUUUCGGUGGGGCCGAUUGUAAUGCGGUUUUCUUGUUUCGGAGUAACAAUGUGGCUCGGGAAAAGGCGCGGAACAAGCGGGAGUUAGCCGGGUUAUCGAGCAAAGAUGGGAUGGGUUCACAACAAGGUCAUGGCUUUUCACUAGUGUUAAUGAAGAUCCCAAGAAUCUCCACCUUCUUCUCCGAUAGCAACAGCCGCCUUGCGGCUAACCCUAACCCUCAUCGCCGCCAUACUCUCUCCAUGCUGGGGUUCCGGGACAUGGCGGUUUCUGCCGCCUCCGCUGUCAUGCGCCUUCGAGACGAUGGCCACGCUGUCUUUACCGGAGCGGCCUGA